AUGCUUGCCUCGAACGAAAACUUCCUACGACUGAUGACCGCCUUCGUGGCCGGAAUAGCUGCACAUAUCACCAUAUUCCGGCGGGGAGAAUGGGAUGUCGCUGCCACCAAGAUCCCAGUCGGUCUAUGUCUACUGCAGAGCUGCCUAUUCGGCUACUACCUCUUCGUCCACGACCCUUCAACCCCAAUCUACACUGCCCUAUGGCUGGUAGGCCAGAUCACCCUGGGCCUCCUAGCCGGAAUCAGUGUUAGUAUUCUCUCCUACCGCGCUUUUUUCCACCGACUCAACAGUUUCCCUGGUCCAUUCCUCGCUCGCCUUUCCAUGUGGUACGUCACCAGUCUUUAUGCCAGGAACCCGGAUGCCUUCAAUACCGUGCGUGGGCUUCAUCAGCACUACGGCGAUUUCGUGCGCACAGGGCCGACAGAGCUCUCAGUGAACCACCCGGAGGCCCUGCACGCUGUCCACUCGGGCCGAUCGGAGUGUACGAAGGGGCCAUGGUAUAGUAUGCUCCACCCGUUCAUCUCGCUAUUUGCAAUUAGAGACAAGGCGGAACAUAGCCGACGCCGGAAGCCUUGGGAGCUUGCAUUUCGACCGAAUGCGGUUCUGGAGUACGUGCCUGCGCUAGAGGAGGGCACAACUGAGCUCUUGGAACAGGUUGAAAGGCGCAAGGGGCAGUCCAUGGAUAUGACUUACUGGAUCAAUUUAUUUACAUUUGAUUUGACCGGCCGAAUAGCCUUCAGUCAAGAAUACAACUGCGUCAAAGACAACAAGAAGCAUCCCAUCAUGGAGAUCAACGACUCGUCAAACCUAAUCACCGGCGUCGUGAGCCACGUCGUUUGGCUCAUCUCGUUCAUCAAGGCGACACCGGGCUUGAACGCGAAUAUGAAGGCCCUCAUCGGGUUUUCUGAAGAGCAGGUUCAGAAUCGACAGAAAAUGCAGACGUACGGGCAGCGGGACGUGUUUUCGUGGCUUUGGGAGGACUUUAUGGAGCAGGGAUGGAGACGCCACAGUCAAGACUUGAUCUGGUGGCCGAUGCAUCCCUUGUCAUCUUCGCAGGCAGGUUAUGGAACGGUCGCCGUCACAAUCAUCGGCUCCCUCUACUUCCUCACCUCCACCUCCCCAUACUACCUCACCCAAAUUCGACAAGAGCUGAACGCCCUAGACGAAAUCAACUCGCACACCAUCUCCAAAGUCCAGACCCUCAACGCCGUCAUCAACGAAACCCUGCGCCUCCACUACCCUGCCCUCUCCGGCUUCCAACGCCAAACACCCCCAGAAGGUAUCCACGUCGGAGGACGGUUCAUUCCGGGAAAUACCAACAUCAAGAUCCCUUUUUACACUCUCUUCCGGGAUGAGCGCAAUUUUUCGGAACCGGAGAAGUUUAUCCCUGAGCGCUGGACUACAAAAAAGGACUUGGUGAAGAAUCCCGAGGCCUUCGCGCCGUUUUUGCUGGGGCCGUAUAAUUGUCUCGGCAAGAGUUUGGCGCUUAUGCAGGUGAGACAUGUGCUCGUGGAGUUGAUACGGCGUUAUGAAAUCGUGCUUGCGCCCGGUGCAGAUCCGGAGAAGUAUUGGAGAAUGAGAACGGAUGGGUUUGUGAUGGGCUUGGCGCCGUUGGAAUUGGCAUUUACGGAGAGGGAAGUGGCUGGGGUCUAA